AUGGAGGAGAUAAAGGUGGCGCAGGACGUCACAGAUAUAACGGAGGAGAGCAUGGGAAUGACACCAGCGCCUGUGGAAUCAGAUGAACAGUCCAUCAACAGACCACUUUUUGAUGAAUUCUAUGAUGAUUGGGCCUCCUUUGACGCUGCGAUCGCACGUGCGACAGCGGCAUACCAUCCGAUCCGCAAACGAUCAUCGUUGACCUUUGAAGUGUAUAACCGCACUGUAUCCAAGGGCCGUCACGAUCGCAAGAAUAUUGCCGAAUUCUUGUCAAAGACAUUCAAGUGUACACACGGCAUCAAGUUUCGCUCGCGUGGCAGUGGAAAACGGAUGCGACACAAGCUGCGUGACAUUGGUUGUCCAUUUCACGUUUACGCGUCAGCAGUAGAGUUUGGUCUCACGUACCGUAUCAAGGUGCGUACACACGACAAACACAACCACCCAAUUGGGCCGGACUCGAUGAAGAUGAUGAGUGGUACACUCCAUGAAUCGGAUUAUGAUUUGGCCACCGCUACAACGAAUACUCACGGAAUGGAGCACGGCAUUUCGUCCGACGACGCGGCGGAAGUAGCACAAGUAGAUUACGACAAUCAGAUACGGGAACAACUAGUCGAAGCUGAGGCCGAACAUAAUCAAGGAAAUGCGGCGGCACAAGGAGAGGCAGAAGCAGAAGCUCCGUCCGAGACGUACCAGAAUGCUCAGACGCAAGGACUGUUUAAGGCUGAGGCAGAAGUACAGACGCUGACAGGUCCUCGGAUGCAUGCUCGAACACAGGAAGUUUUGCAUCCGCAACACAACCACGCGCAUUCACAGCCCCAAUCAGUGGACACGUCGGAUAUCGCUAGCGACAGCGGACAUGAUAGCGAAUCAUUCAGAGUAGUCUUGGAUGGUGCAAUGGACAGCACUAUGGCAGAUGAUGUUUUCUCGGGAGCUUCUGGAGAUCAUAUUACUACAGCUGAUGCUGCUAUUGCAACUAACAACACCAUGCAACAAGCAGCUAGCUCUAACGGUGCUCAAGCGCCUGCUAAGUUUGAGGAAACGAUGACUUUUGAGUCACUCCGUAAACGCAUUGCUGACUUUGCGGAAGAACGUGACUGGAACCAGUUUCACACACCUCGUAAUUUGCUCCUGGCUCUCAAUGGUGAAGUGGGCGAGUUAUGCGAGAUUUUUCAGUGGAAGGGCGAGGUCAAGAAUACGGAAGAUUGGUCUGCACGUGACAAGGAGCAUCUUGGGGAGGAGAUUAGCGAUGUGUUAAUCUACUUGGUGCGACUCGCCGACAAGUGCGAUGUAAAUUUACCCGCUGCCUUGAACGACAAGAUUGCCAAGAAUGCGCAGAAAUAUCCCGCUGAGCUGGUCAGAGGAUCGUCUACCAAGUAUAGCGAGUACAAGCGGAUGCGUAUAGCAGAGGAGUCGACUUUGUAG